AUGGAUUCUGGCUAUGGAAGAAGUGUAUCAGGCAAUGAACAGACCUCAAACUCUCGAAUGGGCAAGAAGCCGUGCCAUCGACACUCAACACAACAAAUACAGCAGCUUGAAGCGUUCUUUAAGGAAUGCCCACAUCCAGAUGAAAAUCAGAGGCAACAAUUGAGCAGGGAACUAUCGCUUGAUCCAAAAAAGAUAAUGUUUUGGUUUCAAAAUAAAAGAACUCAGGCGAAGGUUCAACGAGAGAGAACAAAUGGUAGCACCCUUCGAUCUGAAAAUGAAAGAAUGCACUGUGAGAAUUUAGCAAUGAAAGAGGCUCUGAAUAACAUUAUCUGCCCGACUUGUGAUGGUCUACGUCCCAGAGAAGAAGAAAGGCAAUGUAAUAUUCAGAAAUUGAGAAUGGAAAAUGCCUUGUUGAAAAAAGAGCGCGAACGAAUGCUUAACUCAUAUUCCAGCAUGAAGGGAAAAUUGCCAGCUUUUUUACAAAUGGAAUCUCUUGGUAUUGGAUCUUCAUUAAGUGUUCCUAGAAAACAUUUUUUUGGUCAAGGGACGGGAUGCCCUCCCCUUGAUACUGAACAAAUUCCACGGAGUUCACUAAAUAUCCCCUCACAGUUUCAAUUGAGGGAAAUACAGGAGAUGGAGAAGUCAAUCAUUAUUGGAACCGCUGCUGCUGCCAUGGAUGAAUUGGUGCAACUUCUAAAAAUAAAAGAACCUGCAUGGAUCAAGUCCCCAACUGAUGGGAGAUAUUUAAUUAAUCGAAAUAGCCAUGACAUGCUUUUUCCCAAGGCAAAUUAUUUUAAAGCCUCUAGUGCCCGGAUUGAGUCAUCCAAAGAUUCAGCAGUUGUGGCAAUGGCUACGACAAACUUGAUUGAGAUGCUUCUUGAUCCGAAUAAAUGGAAAGACAUGUUUCCUACUAUUGUCACUAAUGCUAGGACCAUAGAAGUAAUUGAUUCAGGAAGAUUGGAUGGAACUUUGUACUUGAUGUAUGAAAAAAUGCACAUUCUAUCACCUCUUGUGGUACCGCGAGAAUUCUUUUUCAUUCGCUACUUUCGACAACUUAAUUCAAACAUGUGGAUAAUGGCUGAUGUAUCGUAUGAUUUCAUCAAAGAGAUACAAGAUGCUUCCUCUUCCCCGUCUUGGAAACUUCCAUCAGGAUGUAUGAUAGAAGAUAUGUCAAAUGGAAAAUCAAUGGUUACAUGGAUCGAACAUGUUCAGGUCUAUGAUAAAUUCUUAACUCAUCGUCUCUAUAGAGACUUAAUAUGUGGCUGUCAAGCAUACGGAGCCAAAAGGUGGAUUGCUAGUUUACAAAGGAUGUGUGAGAGAUUCACAUUCUCAAUGAAACUAACUAAUAUACCUUGGCACGAACUUGAAGAAGUGACUUACUCAGCUGAAGGCCGGAGAAAUUUAAUGAAACUUUCUCACCGAAUGAUGAAGGAUUUUUUUGAAAUGUUGAGCAUGUCGAACAAUCUAGCUUUUUCCCACAUUUCAGAAUUGAAUAAUAGUGGGGUUCGAGUCUCGCUUAGACAAAGCAGUGGUCUAGGCCAACCAAAUGGCUUGAUCGUCAGUGCAGCCACCUCUCUAUGGCUUCCCCUAUCACCAGAGAAUCUCUUUAACUUCUUCAAAGAUGAUAAAAAGAGAGCUGAGUGGGAUGUUUUAUCCAAUGGAAGUCCUGUUAGUGAGAUUGCACACGUCUCAACUGGAACACAUUCUGGAAAUUGUAUCUCUAUCAUCAAGCCAUAUGUACCCAGUGAGAAGAACCUGCUGAUGCUCCAAGAGAGUAGCAUUGACUCCCUAGGAGCAAUUAUAAUCUAUGCCCCAAUGGAGUUACAAUCCAUCACCUCAGCUGUUAAUGGUGAAGCCACUUCGAUAAUUCCUAUACUUCCAUCUGGAUAUAUAAUCUCAAGUGAUGGCCACCUUGAUCAUAAUGGAACUGGAGCGUCAAGCAGCACAAACACGAGUAACUCCAGUGGUUCACUCUUGACAGUGGCUUUUCAAAUACUACAGGGUUGCAAUACACUUUCAGAGCAACAAAUAAUGGAGUCAGUGGCCACUGUUGACUCUCUUAUAAGUUCCACAGUUCAAAAAAUUAAAGAUGCUAUUGAAUGCUCCGAAUUAAUUUGA